GCGAUACACGUGACGAACUGCACAGACGACCCUCCCACCCACUUCAACGACAUUUAAAGACAAGAUUUGUUCCAGCAACAGAUACAAGAUUUUCCCGUCAAAGUGAGUAGACAAGAUGGCUCCUGUAAGUGCAAGUACUCAGGUCAAAAUGGCGGGUUCGCUAGUGGCCAAAGUAGGGCUCAGUGGCAUCCGGAAGGCCACACAGAAAAGGAGAAGUAGCACCAACCCCAUCCUAAAGAAAACAUUCGAAACAGGAAUGCGAAAUCUAGUGGAACACGGGAUAGAGAAGGUCCUACGAGCCGGAGGAGUCCAACGACUAGCAGAGAGGGGGUUCUCGAAGGUCAGAAGGGAAGAGCUCCGGAAAGUGGCCGACGACGUUAAGAAACUAGCAACGUCGGGUUUGCUGAAGGUGUUCACCCGAGAGCUCCCUGCGUGCGGUGACUCGGAAGGCGAUGAACACGAAGUGGGUGGAGGACAAUUAUAUAAUUCCACUCGAGAGUCACAGGUUGACUUUCAGAGCUUUUUAAAAUAAGGAAGUCGAUGGGUAAAUUAAUGCUUUUUAAUACCGUUUUUAAGAAUAAAUUUUUAAUGUAUG